UAUGAGAGCGGCGAAGAAAUGGGAAGAAGCAGGGCGAUUAAGUAAAAUUGUUAAGCAGUAAAUACGUAAUGGAGAAAUGCUGAUGCAAUUCGAUAAAUGUUGUUCGUCAGAGGAAGAAGAGAGCGUGUUUUGUCGUGUCAAUUUUUCGUAUGAUUUUACGGUGACCGGGCAAGGCACCUCCCUGUAGCUAACAACGCCGGGCUGUUUUUCGGGUAGGCUUCAGUUCAUCACCGUGCUGCAGUAUGUUACAGUAACCGACAAGGGUGCCACGCUGCUGCCGCAGUUGUUGAGCGUCGUCGGCCACUAGAAUGGCACGCACUGAAAUAGUCGUUUCCAAGUAGCCCGAUACUGCUCUUCACUGGAAUUAAUCUAUGCAACCGAGAAUGGUAACUUUAGUCGCAAAUAAUCUUGUACCCGUUUUGGCAACGAACUGCCGAUUGUAGCCAUAAACAAGUGCCGAAAAUUAGGGGCGUGAUUUGUGAUUGAUAUUAAAAAAGCUUUCAGCGGCAGCGAUAAGGCAGUCCGCAUGGACCGAGCAGGAAGCAUCCAGCUUGACAUUCCGGACUUCAGCAACUCCGUUCUGUCCCACCUGAACCAGUUGCGCAUGCAGGGCCGCCUGUGCGAUAUUGUGGUUAACGUGCAGGGACAGAGUUUCCGCGCUCACAAAGUGGUCCUGGCCGCCAGUUCCCCAUAUUUCAGGGACCACAUGUCACUCAGCGAGAUGAGCACGGUGUCACUCUCGGUGAUCCGAAACCCUUGUGUGUUCGAGCAACUCCUGUCUUUCUGCUACACUGGCCGCCUGUGUCUGCAGCUGGCUGACAUCAUUAGCUACCUGACGGCCGCUAGCUUCCUUCAGAUGCAGCACAUCAUCGACCGCUGCACCCAGAUUUUGGAGGGCAUUCACUUUAAGAUAAGCCUGGCAGAUGUGGAAGAGGAACUGGCAGGUGGGCAGUCCCACAGGAGCAUGAGCCGAACCAUCGAGGCCGAGAGGGGCGGCACCGUGCUUGGGGUCUCCCACUCCCUCAGCCCCAGACACAGCGUUUCCCGGGUGAUCACACCCCAUGGUAGCGCGGGCGGAGUCAUAGACGUGCGAGACGUCAGGGAGGUCCGCGAGGCGAGUCCCCCAGAAGAGUCCAUGAGCCCACAGAUCGUCGAGCACAGUGGGCUGGGCUCCGAGGUGGUGGGGUCCGGAAAGGAGCCCAUACUGCGCAUCAACCGGGCGGGCCAGUGGUAUGUGGAGGCGGGGCCAGAGGUGGAGAGGGGCGGGAUAGAGGCGGUGCGCGUGGUGGAAAGCUUGCGGAUCAAGACCGAACGCAUGGAGGAAUGGAUGGGGGCGGAGACUCAGGCGUCAGCAGAAGAAGGAAGUGGGGCAGAGGAAGGGCCCACUGUGAUGAUUGACACCUCAGGACGCAGCACUCUGGUGCAAGAGGGCUUUGUCACGAGGGCUUCCAGAGCGAAGAUCUCUCAGCCAUCCAGCAGCUUCAGCGAGUCUGAGAGGUUCAGCCCAACAGGCAGUGUAGUAGUGAUGGCUGAGCGACCACGAGCCAAAAGUGAGUCUCCAGGAAGAGUGGAUGACCAAAGGAAUCCGACCUCUCAGGGGGAGGAGCCUGCCGUGUUUGACAUGGGCGGUUAUGAGGAGUACCUGCGUGAGCAGGUGGGCGACCGCUGGUUCCGCUACAACCCUCGCCUUACCUGCAUAUACUGCUGCAAGUCCUUCAACCAGAAGGGCAGCCUGGACCGGCACAUGCGCCUGCACAUGGGCAUCACGCCCUUCGUGUGCCGCAUGUGCGGCAAGAAGUACACGCGCAAGGACCAGCUGGAGUACCACAUCCGCAAGCACACGGGCAACAAGCCCUUCCACUGCCACGUCUGCGGCAAGAGCUUCCCCUUCCAGGCCAUCCUUAACCAGCACUUCCGCAAGAACCACCCGGGCUGCACACCCCAGGACGUGUCCCACAGCGCCUCGCCUGAGACCACCACCACCGUCACGUCCCGCGGCGGCCCCAACGAAGACGGCUCGCCCGCCCAGGAGGAGGCGGAGGGCAACGGGGCAGGUGGCCGGGGCGGAGGGGCGUCAGCCUUCGGGGAAGGCGUCCAGCCAUCCGUGUCCACCACUGGGCCUGACUGA